ACCACCAAUUAUUUCCUAUUUUGACCCUUAGAAAUCACUUUCCUAAAAACAAAUCAACCCAUAGCAAUUUCACAAAAGAAAAAACUAGUCACACAAUUUCAAAACCUCUAUUACUUCCUUGUUUUGCAGUGAUGCUUCAUUCUCUCACCACUCUUAAUCAAAUCAAUCUUCCCUCCCAAGCUUUUGAUUCCACCACUCUUAACAAACCCUAGACCCCCUCUCUCUCUCCACAAAAUCAAUUAAUUCUUUGAUUUUUUUUACCCAAAAUUUUCCUAUUUUUUUCACUUUCCUUCACAAAAUCAACACACACAUCAUAAAUUUUUUGACCCUUUCAUUUCUUCAACUGAUUCUACGAUUUUCCCAUUUCAUAAAUUCCACAAAACCCUAAUUUUCUUUACGUGGGUCGCUAAAAAAAUUACACCUUUUUCUCUUUGAUCACGAAUGGUUUGCAGUUACAGAAGCAACAAUGUCGGAUGAUAUGCUAGUGCAUUUUUCUUCGAAUUCUUCGAAUCAAUCGGAUCAGUCUCUGCCUACAAAGAUUGCCAAGUUGGAAGCUCGAAUGGUAGGAAAAGGUUCUUCAACUGCUUCUCAGCAACAGGGUUGGCCUUCUGUUUCUUCUGCUGGGAAAUUCAGUGGAGUAGCAGCUGAAGAAAUGGUUGAGCCUUGUAGUUCAAGUGAUUCUGAUGAUGAUAAUGGUGCGGAUUUCUUGAUUCAAGCCAACACACGUAAGCGCUUAAAACCUCACGAAGAUAACGAUGAUGUUUUUGAACGUGCUGAGGUUGUUACUGAAGGAAGACAAACUAGUUUGGAGACAAAAAAUAAUGUUGAUGCAAAUAGAAAGAAAUCUGGUCGUGGAAGAGGGAGUUCUGGUUCAAGCAGAGGCCGUGGUUCCAAAUUUAAUGAUCAGACCAGAACACAAAUUUCUUCUUCGACAGUUUCGGCUUCAAAUGGUCAGAAUGAGAAUGAUGGUAGACUCAAAGAUCCGUUUCGUAAUGAUAAUGGUGCUUCAUUAGAGGAGGAGAUUGCAUCUUUACGUGCAAAAGUUGUUGUGUUGGAGGAAGACUUGCGUAAAGCAAAGCAAGAAGCCUCUCAGCAUCAGAAUAUUUGUCCACAGUUAGAAAAGGAACUGAAGGAAUUGAAAGAUCUUGAGGAGCAAAUGAAACCUAAGAGAACAAAAAUAAUAUCCGAUUUGCUGAUAUCAGUUUCAAAGGCUGAGAGACAAGAAGCAAGACUAAAAGUACGACAGGACUCAUUGAGACUCGGAAAUGUUGGUGUAAUCAGAGCUGGAACUGUCUUAUCUGAGACCUGGGAAGAUGGUCAGGCGUUAAAGGAUCUGAAUGCCCAGCUUAAACAACUACUCGAAACAAAGGAGGCAAUUGAGCGCCAGCGCAAGUUAUUCAAGAAAAAACAAUCUGAUAAGGGUGAUGGAAUAGAUGCAGAGGCUGGAUUGCUGGAAGAUAUUCUCAUUCACGAGGAAAUCUAUAAGUCUCGACUAGCCAGCAUUAAACGGGAAGAAGAAAUUGUUUUGCGAGAGAGGGACCGCUACGAACUAGAGAAGGGAAGACUAAUUCGUGAAAUGAAACGCAUUCGGGAUGAAGAUGGUUCACGGUUCAACAAUUUUCAGAUUCUAAACCAUCGUUACGCCCUUCUAAACCUUCUUGGAAAGGGAGGAUUCAGCGAGGUGUACAAGGCUUUUGAUUUGGUAGAGCAUAGAUAUGUUGCAUGCAAGCUUCAUGGUUUAAAUGCUCAAUGGAGUGAAGAGAAGAAGCAAAGUUACAUAAGGCAUGCAAUUCGGGAGUAUAAUAUUCACAAGACCUUGGUCCAUCGUCAUAUUGUUCGUUUAUGGGACAUCUUUGAGAUUGAUCCAAAUACAUUCUGCACUGUUCUAGAGUAUUGCAGCGGGAAAGAUCUUGAUGCUGUUCUUAAAGCAACACCUAUAUUGCCUGAGAAGGAGGCUAGAGUCAUUUUAGUUCAGAUUUUCCAAGGCCUUAUUUACAUGAAUAAAAGAGCACUGAAGAUUAUCCAUUAUGAUUUAAAGCCCGGAAAUGUUUUGUUUGAUGAGCUUGGUAUUGCCAAAGUGACUGAUUUUGGUCUCAGCAAGAUUGUGGAGAAUGACGUGGGAUCCCAGGGUAUGGAACUUACAUCCCAGGGGGCUGGAACGUAUUGGUAUUUGCCUCCUGAAUGCUUUGAGCUCAGCAAGACGCCUCUUAUAUCAUCCAAGGUUGAUGUCUGGUCUGCUGGUAUUUUGUUUUAUCAAAUGCUAUUCGGCAGACGUCCUUUCGGACAUGACCAAACACAAGAGAGAAUACUUCGUGAAGACACAAUUAUUAAGGCACGCAAGGUUGAAUUUCCCUCAAGACCUACUGUUUCUAAUGAGGCAAAGGAAUUUAUACGGCGGUGUCUGACAUAUAACCAGGCUGAGAGACCAGAUGUAUUGACCAUUGCUCAAGAUCCAUAUCUCACAUACGUGAAGAAGUAGUGAUGUUCAUUGACAUGGCUUUGUUACCCUCUCCCCACCAAAAAAGCAUAUGGGGAUCUCAUCUUCUAACUUCAGUCACAUAAAUAUCUGUCAGAAUUUGUAUAGGCUGUUAAGGUUUUCUUGUCUCAAAUGAGUGAGGGAAAGGAUUUUUCCCAUUCUACAAGGAAUUCUUGUUUUCUUCAUGCAUUUAUCAUUUUGGUUCAAAAUACCGGAGUAGCAAAAAGCUAGUUGAGUUGACUUGACCUUGAAAGGGUCAUGAUGUAUAGGUAGGUAAGAAGUUUUUUUUUUUUUUUUUUUAAUUAUUCUUCUUGCCACCAAAUUAUUGGAUUAUAAUGCAUAUUGAUCGGCUACAUUUUCUUUUCAUUUGUGGAGAGUUGUUUAAAGACAUUUUAUUGAAGAGUUUGCUUAUCUUACAAUUGUGUAAUAGAUGGUUCAGCCUAGUAUGUGGUGCUUGGUGCAAAAGUAGUUUUCGACCAUCAUGUGUGAUGAUGUAUUUCAAUCAAACUGGCAAUGAUACAGCAAUGAAAAACAACUUGUUAUUUGUAA